GGUGACAAGGUGGAGAUCAGUCACAGCUGGGACUUGGUGACCUUGCAGGUCUUUUCCAACCUCAGGGAUUUUCCAGCCUGUGGGGAAAGGCUGGGAAAGCUGGAUUGUUCAGCCUGGAGGAGCUUUGGGGUGACCUGUGCCCUUCCAGUUCAUGAGGGGACCUUACAGCAAGGAUGGAGAGGGACUAUUUACAAGGAUCUAGAGAGACAGGACGAGAGAAUGGCUUCAAACUGAAGAGUAGGUUUGGAUGGAAUAUUAGGAUGACAUUCUGAGCUAUUAGGAUGAAAUUCCUCCUUGUGACAGUGGUGCAGCCACGGCACAGUUUGCCCAGAGCAGCUGUUGUAUCCCUGAGUGUCCAAAGCCAGGCUGGACAGGGCUUGGAGAAAGCUGGGAUAGUGCAAAGUGCCCCUGCCGACAGCAGGCGGGUUGGAAUGAGAAUGAGAUGAUCUGUAAUGUCCUUUCCCACUCUGAGCAUUCCCGGCCUCCAUAACCCCGGGGUCGCCUCAGCCGCCUCGCCCCGCCCGCCGCGUUUUGGCGCCGAAACCUUCGGCAUCUCGCGAGACUCGCGGCUCUCGCGGGACCCGGCGCGCGCGGGGACAGCCCCGGCCCCUCAGAGAGGGACGUCCGUGCAGAGAGCGCGUCCGGAACGGCACCGGAGCCGGGACUGUGCCGCCUCAGCCCCGCGUCCGGAACGGCACCGGAGCCGGGACCGUGCCGCCUCAGCCCCGCGUCCGGAACGGCACCGGAGCCGGGACUGUGCCGCCUCAGCCCCGCGUCCGGAACGGCACCGGAGCCGGGACUGUGCCGCCUCAGCCCCGCGGCCGGAACGGCACCGGAGCCGGGACUGUGCCGCCUCAGCCCCGCGUCCGGAACGGCACCGGAGCCGGGACUGUGCCGCCUCAGCCCCGCGUCCGGAACGGCACCGGAGCCGGGACUGUGCCGCCUCAGCCCCGCGUCCGGAUCGGCACCGGAGCCGGGACUGUGCCGCCUCAGCCCCGCGUCCGGAUCGGCACCGGAGCCGGGACUGUGCCGCCUCAGCCCCGCGUCCGGAACGGCACCGGAGCCGGGACUGUGCCGCCUCAGCCCGGCCCCUGAAACAGCACCGCAGCCCGGGCCGCACCACCUCAGCCCGGCCCAGCCCAGCCGGGGGCUCUGGGUCAGCUUCACUUGCGGAGCCGGAAAAGGGAACUCCUCUUCCAGACCACGUUUUGAAGUGGGAGGGGGAAAAAGGCUUCUUUGUAGCAAUGCUGGAUCCUUUAGAGAACAACUUAUUUGAUCUUCCUGAUUAUGAGAACACAGAAGACGAAACCUUCCCACCUCUUCCACCUCCUGGCUCUCCAGGAAGAGACGAUGCAGAAUGGGCUCAGGCUAAUGGAGAUCCAGAUGGAAACCAGCAGUCCCAAACAAAGGAUUCUGCUGUGACCACACAGAAGGCAGUAAAAAGACCAAGGCCUAGAUUAGAUGCCCAAAGGUUAAUUUCAGAAAGAGGAAUCCCAGCUCUGAGAAACAUGUUUGACAACGUGAAGUUCAAGGGCAAAGGGCACGAGGCAGAGGACCUGAAGACACUGAUCCAGCACAUGGAGCACUGGGCCCACAGGCUGUUCCCACAGCUGCGGUUCGAGGAUUUUAUUGACAGAGUGGAGUCUUUGGGAAACAAAAAGGAAGUUCAGACCUGCCUGAAGCGGAUUAGGCUUGAUCUUCCUAUUUUACAUGAAGACUUCAAACAUAAUGAAGGUAUGCUCUCUGCUGUUUGUUCAGUACUUCAGUGCUUAACAUUAUUUAUUUCCCUUCCUACUGACCUGAAGUGAAUGAUCAUGAUAGGCAUUUCAAGUGUAGAAGAAAUUGUUGAGAGGUCUCUGCUUUAAAACCAGGCUUCUGAGUCUUAUGAUGACAAAGCUGAACUGGUACUUGAACAUAUGUGUGUAAAAAUAAAUAAAAGUGCUGAAAGGAAA